UCCCGACCACUCGUCACACACUCUCACUCCACUCCAAAAUUUUCACCGGUGCACCGCACGCAACCCGCAGCUGCACCGGUGCACCGCACGCGUGUAGCAGCGGCCCGGCCCGUGCGCGAUGGCUCUCCUGCUGCGCGGCUGCGUUGCGCCGGUCGUCCGCGCGGCCCCGGCGUUCCGGCGGGCGGGGCUGCUCCCGCGCCGUCGGCUCGUGCCGGUCGCCUCGGCGGCUUCCUCCACGCCGUCCGCGUUGCCCGGCGACGGCGCCACGGCGGUGGCGUCGUCCGAAGCGCGCAGCUACGGGCCCAACGGCCCCAUCGCGCCCACCGCCAAGUCCACCGCCCUCGAGACCACCGUCGAGAGGGUGAUCUUUGAUUUCCGGUUCCUGGCCCUUCUCGCUGUCGCCGGCUCACUGGCCGGUUCCCUCCUGUGCUUCCUCAAUGGUUGUGUCUACAUAAAAGAGGCAUACCAAGUUUAUUGGUCGAGCUGUGUCAAGGGAGUUCAUACGGGGCAGAUGGUCCUCAAAGUCGUCGAGGCCAUCGAUGUGUAUCUUGCUGGAACAGUCAUGUUGAUAUUUGGGAUGGGUCUUUACGGGUUGUUCAUCAGCAAUGCUUCCACUGAGCUGCCUUCUGAAUCAGAUCGAGCCCUGAAGGGAUCGUCGUUGUUCGGGAUGUUCGCUUUGAAGGAACGGCCAAAGUGGAUGAAGAUCACCUCCCUCGACGAGCUCAAGACGAAAGUCGGGCACGUCAUCGUUAUGAUUCUGCUGGUGAAGAUGUUUGAGAGGAGCAAGAUGGUGACGAUCGCCACGGGGUUGGACCUCCUCAGCUACUCGGUCUGCAUCUUCUUGUCGUCGGCGUCUCUGUACAUUCUGCACAACCUCCACAAGGGAGACCACGAGGAGAAUGUAAUGCCAAACUUGUAACUCUUUAAAAUUGUAAAACAAUCAAGUCCGAUUUCUUGUAGCUAUCAAAGGAACUACGAUUUUUUUUU